AUGCUCGCACACGAAUCCUGCACAGAUUGGUACGGGGACUGCUCUGCCGUGAACUCGCAGCUGGUCGGAGAGAUCCACUACAGCUGCAUCGGCGGCCAGAUUCGCACCAACAGCUCUGCCGUGCGCCAAGUUCAAGAGGAGACGCAGGAGACUGCGCUGUCCGGAACCGUGGAGAGCGUCGCCUGCUCUUCAUUCAUGGGCAGCACCUACGACGGCAUUGCCAACGUCACCUGUACCCAUGGCGUCUCCAGUGCGGACACCAGCGGGUGUGUGCUCGCGUGCUACGACUCCGACACGGCCACCGUCACGGUGAAUGGCAACAGCCAUGAGGCGUCGGUCACGUCCCGCACUUCAAGCGGCAGUGGUGAGACGCUUCAGUGCAACUCGCUGGACGCGGGCUACCACGGGACCUUGGAGCUGAGCUGCUCCAACGGCCUGCUCAGCGCGAGCCACAGCUGUCACCAGCUGUGCCUUACCAGCAGCAGUGUCACCGUGGCAGUGGGCGGCCAAACUUACCAGGCCUCGCCAACGGAGAGCAUAGAGCACAUGCAGACCGGUGUGGUGCAGUGUGGCAGCUUCGCUGCAGGUUUCACGGGCGACAUUGUGUUGACCUGCCACGAGGGGACAAUCACUGCCGAUGUCAGUGGCUGCAUGGCUCCCUGCGCGGCCGGGGCCGCGGCCUCCGUGAGCUUCGCCGGGGCGCAGCACGCGGUGGAGCUCGCGGCGCAGGUGCUGCACGGCGGCACCGGCGGCGUGAGCUGCAGCACAGCAGACAGUGGCUUUACUGGCAGCUUGGAGCUCAGCUGCAGCGACGGGGUGUUGUCACAGAGCUCCCAGAGCUGCACGGAGCGCGCCUGCGAAGAGGGCCUGGGCUACCAGCUGCAGCUGGCGGGCGAGACCUCCAGCCGCGCCCUGGCCGCGGAGGUGGCGCAUGCCGGCACCGUGACCGCAACCUGCGCCUCAGUUGCGCCGGCCUGGGAUAAUGAGAUCACGGUCACUUGCAUCAAGGGCGGUCUCUCUGCGGACUACUCUGCUUGCAAGCAAGCUUGCCUCACCACGGACAGCGGGGACGUGAGCCUCGGGCCCAACACUCACUCAGUGAGCCCGGCCAGCCGCAUGGCCGACGGGGACAGUGCCACGAAGCAGUGCUUGGACCUAGGUGUGGAGCAUGUCGGCACCAUGACGGACUGA